AUGCAGAGCUGCACCUUUCCUUCUUACCGUUUUCCACUUCACCGCCUUCUUCUCAGCCCUCUUUCUGCUUUGUGGACGCAAGCACACGCGCACACACCCCAACAUGCACACGCACACACUCACACUCCGGCAGACACAGGGAGAAGGGCCGGAUUUCUUUCCGCCGACCCCGUCGAUGUGCCCAUUGCGCGUACCAAUCCCCAGAUCUCGCCUAGUUUCCCACUACAUCCACUCGCUCCUCCGCCCCCUCUUCCCCCUUCUCCCCAUCUUUCCAUCACUCCACGUAGCAUAAACCGCCAAACCAUCCUAACUUUCCGUCCGCCAUCCCGCCUAAUCAUCGUCCAACUCCUGGUUCACCGUAACCGAGGUACCGAGUUCUAUGGGGCUGACCUCCACGGCUUGUCCGCUUGA